AUGGAUAGUGGUAAAUCCGUUUCUGGUGUACGUAAGGGGAAGAAAAAGAAGGUGAAAGACGAAUUAGAUCGUAUCAAACAAGCAGAAAAGAAAAAAAGGAGAUUGGAGAAAGCCCUUGCCACCUCAGCAGCCAUUAUUUCAGAGCUUGAGAAGAAGAAACAGAAGAAGAAAGAGGAGCAACAGAGGCUGGAUGAAGAGUGUGCUGCCAUAGCUGAAGCAGUCGCGAUGCAGGUUUUGAUUGAAGAAGGCCCAGAUGAUGAUCCUACACGUGGCAGCAGCCAUCAUCAAGCGUUUUACAGAACUCGAAAUGAAGAAUUUGGGUGGAUUCUGAACGCUCAUGGAGGAUCGAGAUGUGAAUGGAAUGGAUACGGAUAUGGACAUGGGUAUGGGUAUGGGUGUGGUGAUGACGUGUCAUCUGCAGUGGGACAGAUGGCUGCACAUGCUGUUUCAUCUCUUCGUAUUACAGAUGAUGAAGAUAUGAAUGCGUUUGUUUUUAAUAGAAUGGUGAGAGGUUGA